UGCUAAAUAAUAAAAAUAAUCACAUAGCGAAAACAAUACGGAAUUUUAAUGGUAUUGUUUUUUGACUAUUAUCAAACAUGACACUACUCGCCAAACGUCACAGCGUCAUUUUUAUGAGUAUCGUCGGCCGUUGCUCUAAAGUAGCUCUCAUCAAUUGUAUUUCUAUUUGUGCUGAUAACUCGUUAAACGUUGUUUUCGGACUUGAUCAGUACGUGUUCUAGCGCUUUCACUCCUGUGAUUUAAUUUUUAAUCAAUAUUCCAUAAUGUCGGAGGACUCGGUGGCACCGUUUAGUACCGUCGAUAUCAACAAUGAAAACAGGGAUGACGAAGAUCUUUUUGCUUCAGCGGUCCAGGAAGUAAGUUUGGAUCCUGAAGUAAAUGGAGUAAGGGAUAGUCUAGAAAAAAUUAGCAUUGCGGAUGCUGCAGUAACAACAGCUUCAAUUGCUAGCCCCAUUAUGGAGGAGAUUGUUACUGAACGUGCUAACAACAUAAUAGUGACUAUAACUGAACCUCAGAAAAUUGGGGAAGGAAUGAGUUCAUAUGUGGCAUAUCGAAUUCUCACUAAGACCAAUAUGCCCAUUUUUAACAAACAUGAAUUUGGAGUGCUGCGCCGUUUCAGUGACUUUUUGGGUCUGCAUGAAAAGCUUUCUGAAAAAUAUUUACGUUCUGGUAGAAUAAUACCUCCUGCUCCUGAAAAAAGUAUUGUUGGUACAACAAAACUAAAAAUGUCAUCAACGUCAUCAACUGAGAGCAUCAAUGGUAAUUCUGGAUCAAAUGUUCAUACACAAUUUGUUGAGCGUCGUCGUGCGGCACUUGAGCGAUUCUUGAACAGAUUAGCUCAACAUCCAGUGUUAUGCAUAGACCCUGAUUUUAGGGAGUUUUUGGAAUCUGACACGGAAUUACCUAAAGCAACAAGUACAUCUGCCUUAAGUGGAGCUGGUAUGAUGCGGCUCCUGAACAAAGUCGGAGAAACAGUUAAUAAAAUCACGUAUCGCAUGGAUGAAUCUGAUCCUUGGUUCGAAGAGCGAAUUGCACGCGUAGAAUCACUGGAGGCGGGGUUGCGUAGACUGUGCGGUGCGUGCGAGGCGUUGGCCAGCGAACGUCGCGAGCUGUCCGUGAGGUCGCACGAAGCAGCCCGAUGUAUCGCAGCCGCAUCGGCCGCGGACCCACACGCGCCCCUCUCUAGGGCCUUGUCACAUUUAUCUGAUCUAUACGAUAAGAUAGAGCAUUUAAGAGUGGAGCAAUCGAACACUGACUUCUACGUGUUGACUGAACAUAUCAAGGACUAUUUGGGUCUCAUUGCUUCAAUCAAAGAUGUUUUCCAUGAAAGGGUUAAGGUAUUUCAAAACUGGCAACACGCUGAAAUGCAACUAAACAAAAGGAGAGAAAAUAAAGCGAAAGCGGAAAUCGCAAAUCGACCGGAGAAGAUCGAUCUGGCUUCCAAUGAGAUUAUUGAGUGGGAAUCAAAAGUGGAGCGUUGUCACACAGAGUUUGAUACAAUCUCUCGCGUGAUCAAGAAAGAGUUAGAGAGAUGGGAGGAGAUAAGAGUGGCGGAGUUGAGGACCACCAUUUUGAGAUACCUCGAGGAACAUAUGAAGCAUCAGGCACAGUCGAUCAGGUACUGGGAUGGAUUCCUCCCAGAGGCUCGUGCGAUUAAAUGAGAGAGGCCGAAUGCCCGGAGUCGCGGCAUUUCAAGAGUAUAUAAAUAUUAAUAAUGACACACGAAUAUUAUAUUCACAUUCAUAUUUAUACUUUUCCUUUAAAUUUUACAUUUUUAUCAAAAAUAAAUAACUGUUUUAGCUAAAGCACUAAUUUAUCUCUUCAUAACAGUUCAAACAUUUCGACAGAACGAAUAAGUACUUUAGUAAAAAUAUUAAUAACAAUGAUUUAGUUUUUUUAGAAUAACGUAAAUUUACGAAAUUCUUGUUUCAUAAGAAAUGUCCUUAUGUGGCCAUUAGCUUAAGAAAUUAAGUCAAAAUCUCUAACUAAAAUAUAAUACAUCAAAGAAAUUGUAGAGCAAAGCGUGGACCAAUCAGAGCGCUGCUUUGUAUCUACGAGCUCUGAUUGGUCGACAAUUUUUGUUCCAUUUCAGGGAACUAAGACUAAGCUAAAUUCGUGUGUCGUUGUUAAAAUAAGGCUAUGCAAAUGAGAGGUAAUUUUGUGUCCAUUAUAUAUCGAAACUGUAGAAUUGUAUUUAACAUUGAAAUGCGCGAUGAAAUUAAUUUUACAUAUAAUUAUCUGAUAUAUAUCUGCCCAUAUUGAGAUUCGUAUCUGAAGUGACUCUUUUCUCGAGAAACGUUAUCGUUGGUUUAUUCGUUAAAUAUUUUGGUUCAAAAAAGGUUUAAUGGUGUAGUUAAAGAUUUAAGGUGGGUAUGGGCAUAACAAUUACCAAAUCAUUAUAAUAAUGCUGCUAUUUCAUAGAAGUUUAGAAAUCAAAGGAAUUCUUCGGCUAAUAAUAAAAUUAAAUAUAUAUUAAAAAUUAAAAUGUUCAUAUUACAAGUUUUUUAAACUUUUGAAUGUUCACCGUUUUCUUUAAAACCAUUAUCUGUUUGUUAACCGUUAUUUGUUUAUCUUGAAUCAAUAGUUUAAGUAACGGGCCGUUAAAAGUCAACGAACAUAUAUCUUGGCGCUAUGUUUUGUAAUAUAAGUACCUAUAUGUCCUGUAAAAAUAAGAUGAAUAAAUGAUCUCUAUCGUGAAAAGUCCAAAAAUUUAAUCUUCGAAAUUAACAAUAUGACACAUUAGAAUAUGUUAUUCUGUGUAUAUUAAGCAGGUAAAAAAAUCUGUUUAGUAAAUUAAAUGUUGCCCUCACUAAAUUAAGAUAAUAAUUCGUCUAAAACAUAUGUCUUAAAAUAAUUAAUUGUUAGAAGAUUUUGUGUAAAAAUAAAUUGAGGCUCUUAACGUGAUAACGUUUAAGACCGUUAGGCUUCAAGACUUCAUCUAAAUUAUCUCAUUAAACACCUAUUAGACUGUCUAAGAUUAAAAUUCUUUUUAAACGACUCGGAAUUUUUAUAAUCUAAUAUAGGUAGAAUCAAUUUAUUGAGAUUAUAAUGGCGAAUUAUAUAGUAUUUCCGAUAUUUAGUUAUUCAAAUGUACAUAGAUACGGCAUUAUAAAAAACAUUAAAUAUAAUGCUAGCUAAAUCAUAAUAUAGUUGGUCUAAGGGCACGGCGAGAUGAUGCUUUGGCGUACUUGGAGUAGGAUUUUCAAAACUUUUUUUUUUAAUUUACGACGGGUGUAAGCCUUUGCGCAUAAGUUGAACUUCCAAAAUGUAAGAAUACCGUAUGGCAUUUUACAGCUAAGCUGUCCUAUAUCUAAGAGGCACAUUUUAAUAAAUCACAUAAGCUUUCGUUUGCUUGUAAAAGAUUUAGUUACUAUUUGAUCGGAAAUAAGGUUGACUGCAUUAUUUAACUAGUAUUUUGUUACAUAAUUAUUUUAUAACAGUGAACAUCUCAUUUCUGGUCAAAUGUACAUUUCUCUAUAUUUUUAUAAUUGUUAUUUUAAAUAAAUAUUUUACUAGUAAAUGUAUUCCAAUUUAGUUUUAAGUCAUGUGGAGCAAAAUUGUUCUCAAUGUAUUAGUGAAGUGCUACAAGAAACUUGUCAUUUGUUUGGUAAGUGAAGGCGUGGUUGCGAUUUUUAAGUGUUCUAAGCAAAGCUAAGAUAAAGAUAAAUAAGCUUGAGGUGAUUAUAUUUUGUUCUUAUUAUUUUUGACUAAGUGUUAACAUUGCGUUUAAUACAUUAAAGCUUUCGUGAACUUGGCUCAACAUUUCGUUCAUACAUUUUAAUCACAACCACGUUUAAACAGUACUAGACGAAAGUUAGUUUGAAUAAAUGUCGUCUAUUAUUUUUGUAUUGCCAAAUAUAUUUAGCGGUAAUUUGGUAUGUAAGGAUGAAAAUAUUGUUCGUUUAAAAUUAUAAAUUGUACUUUCCAAUUAUAUUAUUUACUUAAACCCUAAA